CUCAGCUGUGCUGAGAGAGGACGGGAAAACAAGAGCAGCUUCAGCAACUGCAUUCUUCAGCUCUCAGCCUGAUGUGCACAUCCCAGCUCUGCUAGAGCUGUCACAGCCUCCCAGCCUCUGCCCCUUCAUCUGUCUAGGGAUGAGAAAGAGACCCGUGCUUGUGCCCCAGGAGCAUGAGAGCUGCGGCGCCGCUCCUCUGGACAAGGAGUGCAGCCUCAAGCAGAACCUGAGGAUCGCACGGAGUAAGGGGACAAAGGGACAUUAUCUGCAGGAUUCUGAGUGUGACAGCAAGGGCAUGAAGAGGCUUGGCAGGCGCUACGGUUUAUGGUUCCGGUUACGAAUGUUCCUAGUCUGGUUAAUUGGACUGUACAUAAUCAUCCCCUUCCUUGUAAAGUUAUGUCCUGCUAUCCAAGCAAAGCUGGUCUUUUUAAAUUUUGUGAGAGUGCCAUAUUUUAUUGAUUUGAAGAAACCUCAGGACCAAGGUUUAAACCACACCUGUAAUCUUUACUUGCAACCAGAGGAGGAUGUAACCAUUGGUGUCUGGCACACCCUUCCUGCAGCUAUGUGGAAAGAUGCUCAAGGGAAGGACUCUGCGUGGUAUGAGGAAGUUAUGACAACAAACUACCCAGUAAUCCUUUAUUUACAUGGAAAUGCAGGAACUCGAGGAGGUGAUCACAGAGUGCAACUUUAUAAGGUUCUCAGUUCCAUUGGCUAUCACAUCAUCUCGUUUGACUACAGAGGUUGGGGUGACUCAGUGGGGGUUCCAUCAGAGCAGGGGAUGACAUACGAUGCCCUCCAUGUUUUCGACUGGAUAAAAGCUCGCAGUGGGGACAAUCCAGUUUAUAUUUGGGGACACUCACUUGGCACAGGAGUUGCAACAAAUUUAGUAAGAAGACUCUGUGAAAGAGAAACUCCUCCUGAUGCUCUAAUUCUGGAAUCGCCAUUUACCAACAUUCGUGAAGAAGCAAAAAGCCAUCCAUUUUCUGUGAUAUACAGAUAUUUCCCAGGGUUUGAUUGGUUCUUCCUUGACCCCAUAACUGCUAGUGGAAUUAAAUUCUCCAAUGAUGAAAAUGUGAAAUACAUUUCAUGCCCUCUGCUCAUCCUACAUGCAGAAGAUGAUCCAGUUGUCCCCUUUCACCUUGGAAAAAAGCUUUACAACAUUGCUGCUCCAGCACGAAGUUUACGAGACUUCAAAGUCCAAUUUAUUCCUUUCCAUAAGGAUCUUGGUUACAGGCACAAGUACAUCUACAGAAGUCCAGAAUUACGACAAAUACUGAAGGAAUUCCUAGGUGUUACGGAGCAACAAUAAAACCACAACAAGCAGACUGCUGUGCUGUUCCCUUGCAUGUAGACUUGUGGGCAAACGAACCCUCUAUAGCCACUGAACAAACCAGUAGUUUCUGACCUCCCAUCACAGUGCAUUGCCCAUCUUACUUUACUGGAUAAUGACUGCAGAAAAAGGACAAUUGUUUCUUUGUUUGCAUUUUAUCUCUCAGGUUUGGGAACAUAGAUGGCAGAUAUUGUAGUGGGAGGAACUUAAGUAGCUGGAUCAGAGCUGGUAAAAAUUGUCACAUCACCUUGGAUAUAAGGAUCACUGAUAUAAAAAACCACUGCAAGGAAAGUGCUUAUCUGGUCACAAAAUCAGAAAAUGGAUUUACUGUGAAACUUACAAGACAAUGUUCUCUGUUUUACACACAACAAAAGCAUCCGAAAAAUUUUCUUUGGUUGAUAUUUUACCAAAUGUUCAGUAGUUCUUUGGUUCAUAUCAUAUAAAAUGUAUAGUGUUUACCACUAAUGGUCAUGUAGCCCACCGAGGUGUAAAUUAGGGUUUCCACAUUGCUGCAGCACCCAGAUGACUCCGAAAUGGCAAUUUUUUUGAGUUAGAAAAAUAGUUGGAAAUAAUACUCGUAAAAAAUACUGUGAAAAUGUCAGAGUAGAUCGCACUCAAAUACAUUAACAAAGUCAGAUGCUUGGAUUAAGAAACUAUAUUAAAGGGAUACUUAACUUAAUUUUUUUUUUCAUGAUUCAGAUAGAGCAUGCAAUUUUAAGCCACUUUCUAAUAUACUCCUAUUAUCAUUUUUUCUUCAUUCUCUUGAUAUCUUUAUUUGAAAAAAAAAAGCAGGAAUGUAAAGCUUAGGAGCUGGCCCAUUUUUGGUUCAGCACCUUCAUAGCGCUUGCUGAUUGGUGGCUAAAUGUAGCCACCAAUUAGCAAGCGCUACCCAGGUGCUGAACUAAAAAUGGGUCCGGCUUCUAACCUUACAUUCCUGCUUUUUUAAAUAAAGAUAGCAAGAGAAUGAAGACAAUUUGAUCAUCGGAAUAAAUUAGAAAGUUUCUUAAAAUUGCAUGCUCUAUCUGAAUCAUGAAAGAAAAAAAUUGGGUUUAGAAUCCCUUUAAUUAUCAUCCCACACACACACAUACUGUAUAUGGUUGUGCAUAUUUAGAAUGUUAUGGCCGCAUUUAAAUAUACUUCAAUAUGCACCAAAGCAAGAGACCCUGUAUAUAUUCGAGGUUACAGUAAGACAGAUACUUGCAUAUGCAUUUACAUCUCAAUAUAUAUAUCCAUAUUGAUCAUCUGUCUCAGGGCCUGCUGAUUUGCAAUAAAUUUUAUGAAAUAGAACUAAA